AUGAGCGACAGUUUGCACUUUACGUAUAUUGCUGGCUUUGGAAUUACGCUUCGAGCCUCCGGAAAGCACAACUGGACGGUUUUGGCGGUUAGGUGGGCAGGCGCACCACCUUCACCCAGUCAGCCUUGCUUCCACUAGGAGGGCAGCAUAAGACCUCCGACACGUGUGCUGCUGCGUUAAAGGACUAAGGGUACCUUGGUCUGCAGUGACGUUACGGUGAUACUUGGACCGGCCGUUGCGAACAAUAUCCAAGUGGUAGCGAGCAAAGGUUGCUGGUGUAACCAGGCUUUCAAGGCAGUGAAUCGACGCAGUAUGGGUGACAAGGUGGAAAUACCCAUGCCCAACGGCAGGCCUAUGAACGGAGAGUCAAAAGGUCCGGUAGCAGGCUCUAGCGUGGACGAGCAGACACAUGAGAACAUUUACCUCUUCGUGCCGAAUUUAAUUGGCUACAUUCGAGUCGUAUUGUGCAUUGCUUCUCUCUACUUCAUGCCCUUACAUCCGCGACGAUGCUCUUUCCUGUAUUCUGUCUCAUGUCUUCUGGACGCAGUCGACGGCAUAGCAGCACGCCAAUUCCAGCAGUCGACAAGAUUUGGGGCGGUCCUCGAUAUGGUUACGGAUCGAUGUACUACAACGUGUCUGCUGGUGUUCUUGGCGACAGCCAAGCCUGCCUACAGCAUGAUCUUUCAAGGUCUGAUUAGUCUGGAUUUGGCGAGCCACUACAUGCAUAUGUACGCUACAUUAGCCAUGGGAGGACAAGGACAGAGCCAUAAGAACGUUAGCGCAGAUCGGAGCUGGAUCAUGAACACAUACUACACGAACAAGACGGUCCUCUUCACCUGCUGUGCUGGCAACGAACUAUUCUUCAUCGCUCUCUAUCUUCUUUGCUUCAGCUCGCCGAAGAUCACGCCGGCGCUCCUACCUCCGGUAGGUGGCUCACCAGUCACCCCGGCCAAUCCGGUACCCUCACUACUGUUCCCAAGCCCCUUCAGCGCGGGAGCUAUGGAAAUGGCACGAGCGAACAAGAUGGACAGUACGGUGCCAUGGAUCCUUACAGCCGCAAGCCUCCCGAUAAUGCUGGUGAAACAAUGGAUAAAUGUGCUUCAACUGGUGAAGGCAAGCCAAUGGUUGGCGGAAGGCGACCGGCGGGAUCGAGUAAGCGUCCUUAGCGAGAAGAAAGCACGGAAGCUGCAGAAGCGGCAAUGAGUGGCGUGGUGGCUGCUGUAUGAUAUGUGGUUUUGAUGCAAAGCAUGCUUGUCAAAUUAGCGCGGAGUUUCGGUGUGGCUGUAAAGAGGCAUGAAGUACAUAUUUCGGAAAUUGCAUAUUGUUUGCGAUCAA